AUGAAAAUUGAUAGAAUUCAACAUAGAUUUGGAUCAACUUCUCAACAUAUCAUUCAAGCACAUGGCAUUCAUUAUGAUUGUGGUUGUAUUAUAUCACAAAACGGUGAUUUAUUACAAUUUAUGAAUAGAAGAAAUGUAGGUCCAUUGAAUGUGCCAGCAGUUUAUGUUGCUUAUUUCUCGACAUUUGGUGCUAUGGCAUGGCAUUUAUUAUUAUUUAAUGAAUCUAUUGAUAAUUUACAUGGACCUAUUUUAUCACCAAUAGCAAUUGCUGAUAAUACACCAGCCUAUCGACUUGCUGGUGAGAGUAUUCGAGGUAAAGUUUGUUGUUUUGUUUGUGCUAGAUUAUUAUCAACAUUUCAUUUUCUAUCAAUUCAAUUAAAUCAAAAUGAUACUUAUAUUCUAUUGACUCGUUGUUUUGAACAAAUGGCAUUUCUUACAAAAAAACAAAAUUCAUGGAUUAAACCAAUAUAUACAACUAUUGAUAAUGAAUUUAUAGCUGAACAAGAAUUUAAAGAUAAUGUAUUUUAUUUUGUUCAUAAUAAUCUAAAUGAAUAUAAAAUAUAUAUUAAUCAAUUAUAUUUGCAAUCACAAAUACAAAUGAAUCUUCAACAAUUUAUUGAUCAAAUGCCUAUUAUUAUUCAAUUUAUAGAUUUUAAAACUGAAUUAUAUCGACAAAUAAAUUUAGAAACAUCUCUUAAAAUUUUACAACAAACUCUAAAUUCAUUACCAUUUUUAAAAAUAACAAAAUUAAUCUAUGAUCUUAGUCAAUUUUAUCGUCUUCUACAUCAAACUUAUUCAAAAUUAAUUAAACAAAAUGAAUUUUUAACAAUAACAUUACAAGAAUUAUAUGAUCGAGGUCAAAAAUAUUAUAAUAAUUCUAAUUAUCAACAAAAUCAAAAUGAAGAUAAAACACAUCGAUCAAUUAUUGAAAAUGGAAUUGAAGCUGUCAAAAUUUAUCAUCAAUUUUCUAAUGGUUUUAUUCGACCGGGUGCUUGUGAUGAAACUCAACAUUUUUCAAUCAUUACAUUUGACACACCAAUUAGUUAUUUAGUUACAAAUGAAAAUCAUGACGAAGGCGAUAUUAUUAUGCGCAUACUCAGGUUAAUUCAUUUUACCUUUAACUUCCGUAUAUGACAUGACUGAGAGCAAGUAUCUGAAAUACUUAUCCUAGUACAAAAAAAAAUAAUAUCUAGUUCCAAUCAUUAGGUAAUUGAAACGGAUGAACGAAGUGCCUCACUACCAACGAUAAAAUUAAUACUACCCCUAUUUUUCAUGGAUAUUUUCAAUGAUAGUAAACCAUAAAAGACAAGAGUUUGUUAGAAAAUUGUUUCAUUUAAAGAACUUCGUGGAGCUGGUAAAGUUGAUCAUUUUGGUAAAAAAAAAACUUUUAAAUAUCCUCAAAGAAUGAUGAUAGUACAUUCAAAAUCCUCAACAAGCGUCAAUUACUGCUUGGCAGAAGUUAGAAAUAGCCGGAAGAUUUUGAACGUAUUACUAUCAUUUUUUGAGGAUAUCUACAAGUUUCUAUAAAUGAAACAAUUUUCUAACAAACUCUUGUCUUUUAUGGUUUAUUAUCAUUGAAAAUAUCCAUGAAAAAUAAAUGUAGUAUUAAUUUUAUCGUUGGUAGUCAGCUGAUUCGAUUCCGAACUUUCGAAUUCAUGCUUAACUUUAUGACUUACAUGAAAUAUAAAAUAAUUCAAAAUUCCUAUGCUUU